CGCUUAUCGUCUUUUCUGCCCUCGUAAAUCAGGGCCCUUUCCUUGUGAACAGUAGGUAUACAUCCGGAUAUACAUCGGUGAUCACGUGGCCGCAUGCACCCUGGCAAUGUAGAUGACGUCAAGAUGAUAGUAGUCCAGCCAAGUUCCCUCUAGAGUUCUAACACAACCCCCAAGUAUUUCUCUUCAAUAUCACUUCUCCUAGAAUUUAAUUUUCAAAAUACUACUCUCAAACAUAACUAUAUACAUCCGCCACUACUACUACACCAUCACCAUUAGACCCAACAUUUGUUGAAACACAUUCCACUCUAAUCCUCCCAAACCAAAACAAUUCCACCGAACUACACACCACCAUGCUCAACCGCAUCACCCCAAUCGGCCGCCUGGCCCAACGCACCACCCAAACUCAAACCCGAAUUCGAACCUUUCAACCCGCCACCCGCACCUUCCGCACCAUCGCACCGCUGCGCACAACCCACCAGCAAAAGAGCGAAACGCAAUCCGGAGACCGCAACGUCCUCGAUCCUCAGCGAUCUGAGAGCUCCUACACCGGCACGGACAGCGAAGUCGCGGGCCACGACGCAGCCUUUGACCCUAGUAACACAUCACCCGAAGGCCAGGUUGAGCAGGCGCAGAAGGAGUCUGAGCAGCAGGGUAAAGUGAGUAACCCGUUGGAUAUGAGUCCUGGGAACUCAGAAGUCAGUCAUGCGAGACCGCCGCAGGAGGGAGGUCCCGAUCAUAAUGCUGAGAAGGAGGGGCCGAGCUCGAGGGGGUGGACGAAGAAGAAUCGUGAGGUGAGGGGUGGGAAUAGGAAGUAUUAAAGGAACAAGGUUGUUGUAUAGACUUUGCAUUUAGUUUUUAAAUUGUCCUCAUGUGUGAAAGUGCCUGUUUGUUGGGUUGGGUUGUGUAUGGUAUGGUACACGAUAUAAUAAGAUGUUUGUUUGGUCUUUAGUGGGAUAUAUAUAUAUCGCAGGCUUGAGAGAGUAAUUGGUGUUAGUAUUGUCACUUCAUUGCUGAAUUAGA